GCUCUCUUCACCUCUUGGAGCGACCCAGACAAACAGGUCUUCAACAUACCUGGCUUGUCUCCUGAGAUGAUGGCACUCAUCAUUGACUUUGCAUACACUGGCAGUGUUUCUGUAACGGAGGAAAACGCAGUGGAACUUCUCAUGGCAGCUGAUCAACUCAAUGUAAUGGACAUUGUAAAAAUCUGCAGUGACUUCGUGGGGGAGCAACUCUGCGCAGAGAACUGUGUUGGCAUUUGGCAGUUCACAAAAGUACACUUAUCACCCGAACUACGUGCCAAGGCCUUCCACUACAUCAUCAGUAACUUUGAGCAGGUGGUUCUUCAGGAGGAGUUCCUGCAGCUAACUGUGGAGGAACUUGGUGAUAUUCUUGAAAGAGAUGACCUCAAUGUACAGUGUGAGAGCACUGCGUACGAAGCACUUAUAAAGUGGAUUAGCCAUGUGCCUGCAGAACGGGAACAACACCUCAUCGCUCUGUUGUCUAAGGUCCGACUGGGACUGGUGACUUUAGACUACCUAAGGGACAAUGUGCGGCUCAAUCAGUUGGUGCAGACCAGUUCUGACCGUCUGUCCAUGAUAACCCCCCAGGUCGCCCCAUUACCACAAAAUAUGACCAACAGACCCUAUGUGUUUCGCCUCUGUCCCCAUCUUGCUCGUCCCCGCCUGCCUCAUUCCGUCCUGCUGGCCAUUGGGGGAUGGAGUGACCGUGAUCCAACUAACGCCAUCGAGGCCUAUGAUUAUCGGGCUGAAUGCUGGGUCAAUGUAACAAACAACCUGGAGCAUCCUCGUGCCUAUCAUGGAGCCGCCUUCCUCAACGGGUACGUCUACUCCAUUGGUGGCUUCGACAGGGUGGAGCAUUUCAACAGCGUCUGUAGGUUUGACCUGACCACUCGCACCUGGAAUGAGGUGGCACCCAUGUACUGCCGCCGCUGCUAUGUGAGCGUGACUGUGUUGAACGGGUUCAUCUAUGCCAUGGGAGGCUACGACGGGCAUGUACGACUCAGCAGUGCAGAGCGCUAUCAACCUGAAACCAACCAGUGGAGUCUUAUUGCAUCCAUGCAUGAACAGAGGAGCGAUGCCAGCUGCACAACACUUCACAGCCGGAUUUACAUUUGUGGUGGAUUCAAUGGGAACGAGUGUCUGCAGACAGCUGAAUGUUACAACCCAGAGACUGACCAGUGGACGAUGAUCAGUCCCAUGAACAGCCGCCGCAGAGGGAUAGGUGUCAUUGCAUAUGCGGAUCAUGUCUUUGCAGUUGGUGGCUUCGAUGGAAACAGACGUCUGCGCACCGCUGAGGCUUAC